CACGGAACUUCUCCAUAGUAAACUAGAAAAGUUCAAGCAUCAUCUCUCUUCGUUCCCUUCUUUUUUUCCUAGUUCUUGAAGCUUGCAUUAAAGCUUGUAAUACUUGCAUUCUGAACAACCCAACAUCACUCUCUAUGCUACGAGUUUCUUGUUGUCGCUGAUUGUGGAUUCGCCUUUUAACAAUGGCGACCUUGCGGUCGAGGAAGUACUUGAGUUGCUUCUAUUGCGGGAGAAGAUCCAAGCUGCGAUUUGAAGGCCAAAAGUCAUUCGACUGUACUAACUGCGAUGCGACAAAUUGGCUAGACGAGCAUGGUGAGAUCACUGAUCCACCUUCCUCACCGUCAGUUAUCGAGCGCAGUCGAGUCCAGUACGCCAUCCCUCGCUCGUCAGUGCCUCCACGAUCACUAUCGCCAGAUGUGCCGGGCUCCGAAGAAUCGAUAUUCUGCGACACAUGCUUAAGGAACCAACAUAUGCUCACAAGUUCGUUGGCGCAAUUCGAGUGGCCGGAAGAUCAAAGAAGUGCCGAGUAUGCUGCGCGUGAGAAAAGAUAUUAUGCCCUUCGAAGAGACCUCGAGAAGCGAUACCCCCAGAUGUGCGCUGAUUGUGAGCCCAAGGUGGAAAAGAAGCUACAUGAGGCAAGCUACACAGCGCAGACCGAUCAUCUGCGCCGAAUGAUGGAUCGCACACGACUACACCGACAAGAAGUAAAGCAGCGAGGAUUUUUGGACGUCGUGGAUACCUUGGGCAAGUGGAGCUGGCAUCUCGGUUUCGCACUUCAGCUCUUAUGGCACAUUGCUAUGGUCUGGUCCCUCAUCAUCUCGGACCCGUAUGUCCUAAGUGUAGCAGACUCACGAAUUGUUACAGCCCUGAAGGGGGUACACCAGCUCAGCUAUGGUCGACUACCCCAAGCAGACCAAUUCAUGAAAUGGGCAAUUACUCUAGGCAUGUGCUCUUUGCCAUGGAAUCCGCGCUUCAAGCAGACGAUCAGGGGGUUCACGGCACACUACCUCGGCUUUAAGCAUUGGUAUACAUAUCAAUUGCUUAUACUACUCGUACGAUAUGCUGGUCUCUCCAUGGCACAGUACUGCUCCUCAAAGGCGUCGCAAACCUCGGCACAACUGGGCGCACAACUCGUUAUUGCCUUAUCAAUGACUUACGUAUAUCAUGCAUCAAGGAAAUCUAUCCACACAGAUACAACACCUCUAUUUCGGCGACGCUCCAAGGUGAAUAGCCCGCAAAGGCCAACGGCAAGACCAGAGCCAGAACCGCGCAGGGACCACAACGAUCUUGGGAGCAUCCUGGACGAGAUAGCCCAAUCUCCUCCAAGGUCUCACAUUGGUCCUACACAGCGCUUUGCUCAGAGUUCGAAUAACUAUCGAACCACUACGAACAGCGGAACAUUUGGCGGCGUACACGACAGAUCGCAUAGGGACCAGUCCUCUGAACCUACCUUUGGCUCUCUGCAUCUGUCCGACCCGAUCGUAGUUGAUAAGCCCGAGCCUCAGGUUGUCCAGUACGAAGAAGAGAUGGAUUGGACACCGUCUGCUUCGCAACAUCGAGCAUUCAGCGAAUACAAUCCGUAUAGGGUCAAGAACACCAACCCACGUUUCAAUGACGCACCAAUUGAACCCAAAUCUGGACCAAUCUGGUAUAAGGUCCCCCCGGCGCCAACCAACCCGGCUCAAAGGAUACGCAACCCUCCUAUGCGCCCAAUUAUCAGAGAAAGUCCGAAAGAGAAGAAGGAAAACUUCUUCCAAAACUCGGCUAGAGGACCUCUUGACAUGGGAUCGUCGAAACAAAGUAGCUUGUCGGAGAUCAAGUUCGCUGACCCAAAAUUCUUCGCCCCAGAGGAUAAAGAUGAUCCUAGAGACAACCUCUCGAAGAUGUUCGCCAGCUCUUUCAGCAUUAGCCCUAGUCCGGAUGAUGCGGCUGUGCGAAGCUCCAGACUCAAGGCUGCUGGAUCUUUGUUCAAGUCCGAUCCUGAUGCGGUAGAUGCGCCAAAUCGACGCGUCACUCGUUUCGUUGAGCUACUCGUGCUCGCUGGCGCGUUUUACGGUUGGAUACGUGCCCUAGGCACCAAAGAGCAGUACGGUUCAAGCCUUGCUCUAACUUCAGUUAUCGCUGGUCUGAUCGUCUCCAUACGAUUGGCUGCCGAUUUACAAGUGGACGCUCAGAUCCGAGACGGAAUGCAGCCGUCAAUCUUUGAACCAUCAUGGGCCAAUUUAGGGUUGGUGCAAGUGUUGGUCUCUCUCAUUCUCGCCUGGAGUAUUUGGUCAGGGGCCGGAUAUGAAAUUCCCUGUCGUACAUACGGUAGCGCCCACUUUACGGUUGCUAUCAUUCAUCACAUGUGGCAUACGUUUGUGUAGGGAGUUGGGCGGCUGACGGCCCACAAUGGGAUCAAGAUAGAAGGAUUUGCAUAAUAAUCCAGCAUGUGAAGGCGGGAUAACUGUACUACAGCGCUGGUUUGUUGGUACAGAACUGUGUUGCACAUACAUAGGUUGAACUGGUUGAACUGAGGGUGGAAUGGUAGUUUUACACGGUGCAUAGCAAGGCGUUUUUCGGGCUCCGCGGGAUAGCAUUUACGGGCUGCCGGUGAAUGAAGAGAUCCGCGCAUUAGGAUUCUGGGUAUAGGAUAAGGAUACCUACACACAUACCUCAAGAGUGUACAUACACUACCUAGGUACAUACUGGAUCGAGGGUUCAAUUGAUAAAAAUUGAGUGCGUAAUUUGCGUUAAUGACUUCCCUAUUCUGUUGAAUUAAACAAAAUAAAACUGAGAAUAAAAUCAUCUAGCCUAUGAUGGAAUCCCCGAAAGUUGGUCAACUGAUGGACGUACAUAAACAAUCAGAUUUUAAGAUUAAAUUGCACGGCAUACGAAAUGCAAUAAGGAG